CUGCUGAACACCAAGGGCCGGCGGAACAAGAUCGCGGACAAGAAGAGCAUCUUUACCAUCGCCUACGAUGACGUGCGCAUACGGCAGAUCCGCUCCGAGAGCGAUACGCCGCCCUUCUCCUAACGGUGAGCGCUCCUGCAUCGUCGUCCCCCCGUUUGGCAAUCUGACAGAUGAGUCCAGUACAAAUUACUAGCCUUCCCGGGAGCCGAGGAGCACACACACUACGCUCCUAGCGUCACCCAUAAUAGCCACAUCGCUGCCACUCUUCCCGCCAUUUUUUUUUUGCCGUCUAACCAGCUAGAGCGAGAGAGAGAGAGAGCGAAAGUAGUGUUAAACGGAGCCAUUGUUUGAUUUCGAGGAGAUACACCAGAGAGAUCGUUUAUAUCCCGUCCCCUGUAGCGGGGGGGGCCCAAAUGCCAAUAGGAGUAGUAGCAGCUGUUAGUAAAGGUAGUAGCGGAAGCGCUCGCGCACUCUAGUGCACCACCUUAGUGAGCUGGGCUCGGGCUCAUGUAGCCACCGCCUUCCUUCUCCUUUUUGAGAGCUUCCCGUUCGUUGUUCGUUGAGAGCAGCAGAGCUACACAAGGCCUGCAGGAGAGUCGCAGGACGUAGGUCGUAGUACACUGACCAUUUUCCAGGCAGUCUAGCCUCUCUAGUAGAGCAGCAGCAGCAGCAGCAGCAGCAGCAGCAGCAGUAGAAUUCUAGCAACAGUAGGCAUCCAUAGUACCAGAUGGGCGUAGCAGUAGUACUAGUUAGUAGUAGUAGUACUAGUUAGUAGUAAAAGUAAGUCGUAGAAGCAGGUGGCAGGUUUGCCGCGGUCGUGUGUCCCGCCAGGCGGUUGGGCAGGUGAUAGUAGGAAGAAGAAGAAGAAGAAGAAGAAGAACUCGUCGUAUGUCGAUGGCAAUGCCUCCCCCUCCCCUUCCCACCCCCUCCCUUUUGGCUGGAUCCGCGUAAUGGUCCGCGUCCGCGCACAAACUCCAGAGUGAUCGCGGCCCAUCCCAUCCCCAACACCACUUUUAACCCUAAGCGGACUCGUCGCUGCUCACUACCCCCUCCUCCUCCCCUCCCCUCCACCCCAUCUCCGGUAUGCGGCAGUAGUAUCGAAGCAAUCGAAGUUUAGCGAGCAGGUUUAGCAGUAGUAGUAGUAGCAGUAGUAGUAGUAGUAGCAGUGGAAACAAAACUAGCUAUUAGCAGACGUAGUGAUAGAGACCCCGCUCCCAGCAUCCACCAAUCCCGUUCCUCCUUUUGUAAAUAGAUGAGAUACAGCUGAGGUGAGUUGUCGGUAGCCUCGCUGCAUCCCCCCCUUCCCCGAGGCUGCGGCUCGUUGUAAACGCAGCAACAGACACACAACCACUGGUUGAGUUCGGCUGCCGCCACGAACGAACGAAGAGAAGCACGGUGUUUGGCCGUUCGGUGCCUCGCAAAAAAAAAGAAACGAUAAAAACGACAACAACAUCAACAACAGUAGGCAGCAAGGCAGCAAGGCAGCAAGAAGGUAAACUGUACCGGUCUGCACAGCACAGAGCACUGUGGCCAUCGGUGAGGCCGAGCCCGUGCAGCCAUUCUAGAUAUGCGGAGGCGGGCGCGCGCGCGCUCGUACGAAAGAGAGAGAGAGAGAGAGAGAGAGAGAGAGCAAGUUAAAGGAUAAGUGAACCGAUGAACACCCCGAACGUCCCGAAACCCGAAAAAACACCCCCUUCCGAGUAUAAAAAGGGCGUUUGUGUGUUGUGUUUUUUUUUUCUGUGUGUAGAGUGUGUGGUUGUGUAGUAGUCGUCGGGUCGAGUGCUCGUGUGAGCUAGCUGACUCGAGAGGCCGAGGGUGACACGCUUUUACCCCCCCAACGGGCCCGGGAAAUUAGGAAUUGGAAAUAAAGAAAACCCACAAAACGUUUUCCCAUAUUUUUGCAA